AUGUUUGAUUUCUCUUUAUCUUUAAGCUCAGUCUGCCGCUACACACACUACUACAGUCCCAAGUACUGCCACGCCAAGGUUUACUGCCCCCUCUACAGCCCUGGACAGCAGCGCUUCCUCCAAGGACCAAACAGAACCACAAGCACCCACUCCAGCUCAAACGACAUCCACAGACCAAGAAAAAGCAACACCAAUAAGAUUGACAUCUUCUGA